GAGUAGUCCAUGGCUAUACUCUACAGACAUCGGCUGCCCGCUGCGACUUGGGUUUGUUUACAUCUAGAGUUUAACCGGUUACUGUAUCAAGAUUUCCACGUGUGUUUUUUUAGUAGGCCAAGUAGUGUUAUGAAUUACAUGUCCAAAAACUAUUCUAAUUAAAGCUGUAAAUCACUAUAUGAAGAAUUAUGUCACAAUUGAUAAAGCUAUCGGCUAUUUUUCGGCAAUGGCCAUCAUUCCUGAUUCGUGCUGAACGUUGCGAAGCCAAAAGUGCAGUUAAAAAUCUAACCAACACGUCGAAAUUUUCUACAAAACAUGCUUGGGAAAUUGAUACAAAUGUGGGCAGAGAUGUAGUUCUAUAUGCCCACCAUAAUCCCCGGUUUCAUAGGUUACUCAACCUCUUUGCACUGACACAGCUUGGAUUCUGGUUCUACCUUGCAGAGUUCUCUGUGUCCACAUUAAGAAAUGUUCCAGUCCCUAAGGAAGAAUCUUCCAAUUCAAAUCUACCAUGGUACCGUUCAAUAAAUUUAGGAGAGAACAAAUACAGAAGAGGCAUAACAGCUAUGUGUGUGGCUCUUGGAGUUCUAAUUCUGGGAGGUAGCUGGAUGUUUUCCUUAAAAUCUGUCAAAAAUAUUAUAUUGAGGAAGGGAGGCAAUAAUGUAACAAUCAUUACUUAUGCUCCAUUCAAUAAAAUGAGAUAUGUGGAGGCGCCGCUCAAAACAUGAGUGCAGCGCAGUCGCGAAGCCGAGCAACCGUCUCGUUACCGCUGAAAGUCAAAGGCAAUAUGGGCUAUUUCGUGAUCGACAUGAAGGGGGAAUUUAAAAACAUCCCCCUUUUUGACGCUACAGUAGGACUGAAACGUAUAUUAAGUAAGUGAUUAAAACCGCAUCACUCCCUCUCCUGUGUUGUUAUAGUCGCCACCAGAGUAAUAAACAACAGCCUCCUUCUCCACCGCAA